AUGUAUGAAAGAUUAGAUCCGGUGAAGAAGGGUGUUUCUGAUGCCUUUUUUGUAGGAUUAAACACGUUUUUCAAUUGUGCACAAAAGGAGUCUUCUUAUAUUGAGAAAGGAACUAUGUUGUGUCCAUGUACUCAAUGUAAAAAUAGGAAGCGUCUUGAUGCAAACACGGUGAGAAAUCACUUAUAUACGAGAGGGUUCACGGAGAACUAUUAUUUCUGGUCGUCACACAGAGAAACUGUUGGCGGUGAAUGUUCAACGAGUGUCGUUCAACCGGAAGAUGCAAAUCAAUUUACAACUUAUGAAGAUAUUGGGCAUCAAGAAGGUGGGGAUCAAGAAGGUGGGCAUCACGAAGGUGACAGUUAUGCGUAUGUACACAUGGUAGAAGAUGCUUUUCUGGAAAUGCAGCCUGAGUUUCAUGCAACUCAAGAAGAACUAACUGGUGAUUCGAACCAUUUUUUCCAAAUGUUGGCGGCUGCAAAAGAACCUAUAUACAAGGGAUGUGUAGAAGGAUUGUCUGCGCUAUCUUUAUCAGCUCGUAUUAUGCAUAUUAAGACAGAGCAUAACCUAUCUGAAGUUUGUGUGGAUGCAAUAUCACAGACGUUCAAAGAAUAUCUACCACAUGGUAACAAAGCUCCAGAAUCUUACUAUGACACAAAGAAGAUGGCGAAAGCAUUGGGGAUGCCAUUUUACAAGAUUGAUGUAUGUGAAGAUUAUUGCAUGCUCUUUUGGAAGGGUUUAGAUAAAGAGCUAACGACAUGUUGUUUUUGCGGCAAAGAUCGGUAUCAUCCUAGAGAAGGUCCUGGGACGAAAAUUCCAAAACAGAGGAUGUUUUACCUCCCUAUCGCUAAUCGAUUAAAGCGAUUGUACCAAUCAGAACAGACAGCAUCACAUAUGAGAUGGCACGCUGAACAUGUAACUCCUGAAGGAGAGAUGCAACAUCCUUCAGACGGUGCUGCGUGGAAACACUUUAACCAGAUAUAUCCUAAUUUUGCCUUGGAACCUCGGAAUGUCUAUUUAGGACUAUCAACAGAUGGAUUCAAGCCUGGUGGUAUGCAUAGUAAGAACCAUUCUGUAUGGCCUGUUAUAGUCACUCCAUAUAACUUGCCACCUGAGGAAUUGAAGGAUUUGUGGAUAAACGGUGUAAGUGCAUAUGAUGUGUCUAGGAAACAGAAUUUUGUGAUGCAUGUUGCACUAAUGUGGACUAUUAAUAGUGAUUUUCCAGCUUAUGCCAUGUUAUCAGGGUGGUCGACACAUGGGCGAUUAGUUUGUCCAUAUUGUUUAGAGGAGACAAAGUCUUUUUGGUUACCUAACGGUAGGAAACAUUGUUGGUUUGAUUGUCAUCGUGCAUUUCUGCCUACUGAUCAUCCUUAUCGCCGAAACAUUAGAUCUUUUCGUAAGAACAUAGUGAUCAACGACAAGCCACCAACAUGGUUAACGGGUAAAGAAAUAUACUACGAGAGGAUUAACCAAAUUGAAGGCUUAGAAAGAACAGUCGAAUGUGGGGGCAGAGGACAUGAAAAUCCUCAUCGUUCUAUUGAUGGCUACAGUGAUUAUCAUAAUUGGGUGAAGAAGAGUAUACUUUGGGACUUGCCUUAG